AUGAGAGAAUUCUUUAUUAUUAAUGAAUCUUAAUGUUAAAAUUAAAAUUAUGUGAAUGCAGAAUUAUAUUGUAAAUUAAAAAAUAAAAUAAAAUCUUUUUUAAAUGAGCAUCUAAUGAUACAUCUUUAUAUUAAGAGAUUCAUGAGCAUUAGAAAUAGAAUAUUAGAUAAAGAAAGCAUUUUAAUUGCAGACUUUCAAAUAUGGGAAAAAUUAAAAGCAUCAAAUUCCAAUGAUCAUACUUAAAAUAAUAUUCAUACAUUUGUAAUCAUGAUAUUCGACAAAAGAGAAAUGUAUAUAAAAAAAGGAGUUUGAGAACUUAACUUUCAAGAAGAGAAGAGUUUAGCUCCUUAUAAGUGAUAAUUUGUAAGAAAUACUGUAGUAAUAAAAAGAGAAUAACCUAAUGGACGAAGGAUGAUUAGGUUCAGGAAAACUAUAUAUCAGGAGGAAUGAAGCAGCUUGUGAGAAUAAACAUAAAAAGCUUAAGAGCUUACUUUAAAGCCUAUUAAGGAGAGAGCUU